AUUCAUCAGUUCUGUGUUCCGUGUUUCUGUAGUUCUGUAUAUUGUGUUUGGUCCUCGGUGUAUUUAUGAACACUAAAAGAGUUCUUCUCAGCUGUACUGUUAUCUCACUACAGGACACUCGCUUUGUGUAUCCGUGCUGUAAAUUCUGUCUGUCCAGAUUAACAGAGGAGUCUAAUUUAAGAAGUCAGUGUCACAAGUGUGGCUUCACAUGUGAUACACAAAAUGUGGACUAUAGAUUCAGACUGUCACUAAAAGUGUCUCGGGAUACAAGUCUGUUUGGAGUGACGGUUUUUGGAGGUUGUCUGAAUCCCUUUUUCGGUGUUACGGCUGGUGGUUUACAGAGAUUUUUAGAGUCAGAAAAGUUUGAAGGCCCACAGAGUUUACAACAACUACUAAUCAAAGCCGUGGAGGAUUGCUUCAUUGGAAAAUGUUUAGUUUUCGGUUUUAAGCUUGCUGGCAGGGAUGCAGAACGCUGUUUACUUGGUCAACAUGCUGUUGAAUCCAUGCAGUUUGUGGCCUGUCAAGUCAUUCCUCCUCAUGGAGCUUUUCUUGGCGUCACUGUUUUUGCAUACUUGCAAAGCCUUAUGCAGGCAAAUGCCCGGUCAGACUGUUCUCCAAAAGCUGGUGGUCAGUGGCAGCAGAAAGACUCUCUGAUAAGCAUCUUUGAGCACACUCUGCCUCUGUGUCAGGACCCGUGCUCUGUAAGCAGCAAUGACAGCUUCACACUUCCACCUCCAUGGCAUUCAGUGUCAAACCUAGACUUAUGCUUCUCUCCAGAGGAAACAAGAGGAAGCUCUUUAAAGGAAGUUUCAGUGGAAGGGGGAACAAUGCAAAGUUCUAGUUUCUAUCCCCUCAAUCUUUCUGAAUCAAAACAAACAGUGCAUAACAGACUCUCUACCUCUCACAGGUGUCUGUUUAAUGCCUCAUUUAUAUCCCCCAUAAAAACCAACCCCUGUGAUCAUGCAUCAAAACACUUAAAUCAGUGGGCUUCAAAAGACUUUCUCGGCCAGAUAAAUGCAUCUAUUCCUGAAGAGACGCUUUUCAAUCACACCAGUUUUGCUUUAGAUGAUGCACCGUUGUCAGAAACGUUAAGAGAUUUUGUCAGCACAGAGCUGCAGAUUGGUAACCGAAAAGUAUUUAGUUCCACCAGUGAAGGAGCUCGAGCCAUCACUGAAAACAGUGUCCUCUUAGAAAACAACACAAUUUCCACUGAUAUCUCAAUAGUCCGAUCACUGCACUCUUCCCGUCCUGUUCUCACACCAUUGCGUGAUGUUACCAAUGGUGACAGGGCAACGGAAAGAAAGAAUAGAAAGCGAAAAUUGUUCUCAGUGUCUAAACAUACGACAAAACCCUCUUGCGUUUCUAAGAGGUUGAGCUGUGACCUUAAGGAUGUGGUCUCAAACACAAAUGGGGGUACUCCUGUACUCCUGCAAGAAAAUCAGUCCACUGGCUUUAAGGAUUCUUAUAAUUGUUCAUCAGACCUAUUUCACCAAAGCAGCAUGAACAUUUCAGAUGUGUCUGAGAACUCCUCUAACACUGAUCCAAGAAAGCAAGACCAAGAAAAUCUUGUGGAUAUCAAGUUUUCUGAGCCUAAUAUUUCGAGUUUCCAAUUUGCUCCUUCUUUACAGUCAACUCCUAUUGUGGAUUCAUCCAUUCAGUGCACCUAUAGAAAGCCCCAUAAACUCAGCAAAAAAUGGUCAGGUCUGCAUUGGUCUAAGAAGAGUAGGACUCGAACAAGCCUUAUUAGAGUUCUGCAAAACAACACUAAUAACAGACAAGGGUUGCAGCUGGAUAAAUCUAAAUUUAAUCAAACUCGCUGUUCUGAUUCUGCUCUCAAAACUUCUGAAAGUUCAGCAGGUGGCUCUGAGCCAAAAGUGGAUGUGAAACACACACCUGGAGAAUCUGCUCUACCCACUGCCCUUAAUGACUGCUCCAGAGACCUUUUUGAUCCUUCAUUCUGAGUUAUUUAAUAAUUCUGAAAUCUAAUCAAUGCAUCUUUUUGUGUGUAUGAGCAUGACCAAUAUUAUUGAAGAGACUUUAAGGUUAAAUACUGUUAUUACAGGGCUGUCAAGUUUUGAAGACAGGCAACCCCCCUGUGAGAGAGAGAGAGAGAGAGAUUAUGACUGGUGUUGUUUGUUGCCUUUUUGGACUCCUUUAUCAUUUGUAAUGUUUCUCCCAUUUAAAACAGUUCGACUCAAGCCCAGACAUUUUUAGGGUCAUGAUUGUUUCGUUUUGAGGUUUUGUUCAAACCGACCAUCGAAAAUACCCUCGCUAAUGAAUGUUUUUUUUUUCAUUGGUUGUUGCGUUAAAUCUUACCCAGAUAGUUCUAUUUUCUGAUUGGCUAUUGUGUAGCCUCCUUUUUUUGAUUGGCUGAUAAGUGUCAGGCUCAACUAAGCGGUGCGGACAGAUACAUUUUGGGUGCUGCGGCAUUUUAAAUAUAUGAUAAAUAGUCAAAAGGUUUUUCUGCGUGAGAAAUACGAUGUGUGGCGGAGAGCAUGACAAAAGACCGAAAUGAGUGACUGUCACUCUCACUGCGUGACACUUGACAGCCCUGGUUAUUAUGUCAUUGAUUUGUAACAGGUUAUAUAUAUUUGUUAUGUUAUAUAUACAUGCCGUAUAUAGUGAAAAUAUAUUCAGGGAUUGUGACAUUUUUCCUAUGACAGACGCAUAAAUAAUUAUUUUAUUCAAUUUUUUGUAAAGUUUCUGAGUUAUUCGUAUUUCAGGAAAGUCCCCUGUUGAUUUCAGAUUUGUUGUUUAUUUAAAAGUGAAUAUCAACUUCAUUCAUUCAUUCAUCUUCUACCGCUUAUCCGAACUACCUCGGGUCACGGGGAGCCUGUGCCUAUCUCAGGCGUCAUUGGGCAUCAAGGCAGGAUACACCCUGGAUGGAGUGCCAACCCAUCACAGGGCACACACACACUCUCAUUCACUCACGCAAUAGGGACAAUUUUCCAGAGAUGCCAAUCAACCUACCUACAUGUCUUUGGACCGGGGGAGGAAACCGGAGUACCCGGAGGAAACCCCCGAGGCACGGGGAGAACAUGCAAACUCCACACACACAAAGUGGAGGCGGGAAUCGAACCCCGACCCUGGAGGUGUGAGGCGAACGUACUAAGCCACCGUGCCCCCCUGAAUAUCAACUUGACAGAAGCAAAAUCCAAUUCGUUGGUUAUUAUGCAAGUUUAAUCUCUAGUGUUAAAAUUUUGCUAAUGCCUUUGCUAAAGUAAUGCAAGUCUCCUUCAACACUGUGUGCGCAAUGACAGCUGGGGAAUGUUGAGCUCAAUUUUAUUAAAGCAUAAAGUAUAUAUGUAGUGUAUCGAUUUAAGUAGAAUCACUAGCCCAUGGAUUCCUAUCUUAAACCUAUCUUUUUGUAUAAUGUACAAGUUUGAUGCAAUACAGAUUUUGACAAUAAAACAAAAUUUCCAUACCAUGGAAGCUACUUCAUAACA